AGUGGGACGCCAUUAACGAGAUGGACGAGUACUUCGCGCCCAUCCACACGUACCAGGUAUGUAAUGUGAUGAGCCCGAGCCAGAACAACUGGCUGAGGACGGGCUGGCUACCGCGCGACGGAGCCAGGAGGAUCUACAUCGAGGUGAAGUUCACCCUGCGAGACUGCAACAGCAUGCCAGGUGUGCUGGGGACCUGCAAGGAGACCUUCAACCUGUACUACUACGAGUCAGACAGAGCGGUGGGCUCGGCCAUCAGAGAGAACCAGUUCAUUAAGAUCGACACCAUCGCUGCUGACGAGAGCUUCACCGGGGCUGACCUCGGGGUCCGCCGGCUCAAACUCAACACCGAGGUGCGGGGGGUGGGUCCGCUGAGCCGCCGGGGCUUCUACCUGGCCUUCCAGGACAUCGGCGCCUGCAUCGCGCUCACCUCCGUGCGCGUCUACUACAAGCACUGCGUGGGCGUCAGCCGCAACCUGGCCGUGUUCACGGACGUGGUGACGGGCGCCGACUCGUCCUCGCUGGUGGAGGUGCGCGGCCGCUGCGUGGACCACGCCGAGGAGCGCGACACGCCCAAGAUGUACUGCAGCGCUGAGGGCGAGUGGCUGGUGCCCAUCGGGAGGUGCGUGUGCUCCGCCGGCUUCGAGGAGCACAGGGAGUCUUGCGUCGGUGAGUAAAAGUCCCGGAGCCGUGUGUGUAUAACCGUCGCUUUCCCAGAAUGCUUUGCAGUGUGUUGUUGACUCGUUCAGCUUCAGGAGUUUAAGGACCACAUAGCGGAGGCUGUGGGAAAUGUUCUUUGGGUACGAUCAGCUCAGUGUGGGAACCGGCGACGUAGAGCACAACAGAAGUAGACAACGUGUUACGAGACGUGGCACCACAAGUGUUACUCUACUCAGUGCGGUGCAUGUUGUUUUUGGAGAUUGACGUGGAUGGAGGAGGGUUUGGAGAAUGGGAUGUUUGUGUUGCACGGGGGAACGAAGUGGUGUGGUAUGGUGAAGUCAGUGUCUGUGUUUGGCGACUUUGUAUCAGAACCAACAAACGUACCACAAGGUUCGAUCUUAAAACCGUCAUUUAACCUCUACAAGCUCCCACAAGGGCAAAUCAGCUAAAUAACAAUAUUGACCAUCAUUGCUCUGCCGAUGGCACGCAAAUCUAUGUAGCGCAAUUGUCAAAUGACUCUCGGCCCAUAUAUCUGCUGUGCCAGUCCAUUGAGCCACCCAAGACUUCAAAAUGCUGCUCACCAAAAAUCCCUACAUGGUUUAGGGUCAAAGUAAAUAACUGAUAUGUUUCCACUACAUAUGCCUUCUAUACCACUAAGAUCAUCUGAGACCAAUCUGUUAAUUAUCCCCUGAGUAAACACGAAAACAUUGGAAAGCAGGAUUUAGUUACUAUGCAACAAAUAGCUAGGAUAAACUCCCUGAGGAUUUAAGACUUGCCCCAAAUCUGACCACUUUUAAAACAAGACUUUUAUGUUUCCUUUAGCUUUCUGCUUAAUCUUAAAUACAUUGCCUUUGUUUUAUUUUGCGUAUCUAUUUAAUCUUAUUUAACUUUGCCUCUUGUCUUUUAAGUAUCUGUUUUAUUUUAUUGCUUCACUCUUUCUUAUUUUAUUAUUUGGCUUUGUUGUAUGUAUUUAUGACGAUGUUACUAUGUGAAGCACUUUGAGUCUGCCUUGUGUACGAAAAGUGCUGUAUAAAUAAAGUUGCCUUGCCUUUGCCUUGCUUUGUUGGACGUAAGAAUCACUUAUUCUGAUGCAUGACCAAAGCGAUUGGUCAGGGGUGUCAAUCGAUCGACAGCAUUUAUUUUUGGAUUACAUUCACCAGCUUUGCCAACCAAUCAACGAAGGGUUGUUAAUCACUUCAGCAGGGAGGCUGAAUAGCUUCUUUGGCAGGAGCUAAUGAAUAAUUCACUCAUUUUAAAUUGACUGGUUAAUGAUGUGAAAUGAAUCGGUCAAGUAUAGUAGUUCUGCGCUUGGUCAAAAGCGUUGGGAAAGGUGGAAAAUACCAAAGCUCUGUGUGGUUCUGCUUAGUUGAGUUCCUUUGUAGAUGGAAGCCAGUCCCCCACUCUGAGAUGUUGGUCGACAACUUGAUGUUUGUUUCAUUUUCUUUCUUUCUUUUUUUUUCUCUUCUCCUCAUUUGAAUAUUGUUCAAUUCCUGAUGGCUUGACCUCAUUUGGGGGCCUUCGCAUAUUUCAGGUUGCCACGGGUUACAUUAAUUAAAAUCUAUUAAUCACAGAGCGAUGGGUAAUUAAACGCUAAAAGCAUUUUGU